AUGGAUCCACUCAGCUUGACCGUCAACAUUAUAACUCUGCUCGAUACAGGGCAGAAGAUCAUCAACCUGCUUCGCGAUAUCAAGGAUGCUCCUGCCGAGAUCAGCAAAUUCCUUCUCGAGGCGCAAUCGUCUUGCAUUGUGCUUUGGCGGCUGAAGGACUACAUCUCCCGGUUUGAAUCUGAUAGCUCCAGUGCUGGUCAAGCUCCUCUAGACGCCUUCAACAGUUUGUUACAGUCUGACAAUGUGCUGGGCCAGUACCAAACAACUCUUGAGGGUAUCCACGAGAAGCUGGAGGAGUGCAGCACGACCAAGAACUUUCAGAAGCUCCGCCAGCUUGCUACUUGGAAGACAGAUAAAGCAGAUCUUGAAAAGGGAUUCCAGAGGCUGGACCGCCUGAGAGGGACGAUAGAGCUAUUUAUGGCCAGCGAGACGCUUGCACGAACGGUCUCUCAUGGCAACACUCUUCGUGCCAUCAAGCAAAAUACCACCACAAUCAUCGAAUCACAGAUCAGUUCAGAAGAGGAAGCCAAGAAAACAACGAUCCUUGACUGGGUCGAGCAGCGGUCUAAUCGCUACGAUACACUCCAGCGCGACCACUAUGGCAGGGCUCAGCCAGGGACCGGCCGAUGGUUUCUCGAGUCUGAACCUUUCCAACGGUGGACCUCGGGCACGUCCAAGACGCUUUUCUGUCCCGGCAUGCCAGGAUCAGGCAAAACUAUCAUUGCAUCAGUUACCACAGACUACCUGAGAUCACACUUUCCACCGCAAGACUCCAACGUUGCCUUUAUUCACGAGAAAAUACGGCUCGAAAAAGUGGUGGUGGAGUUCUACGACAAGCAUGCCAGAGUCGAGCCGUGUGUGGGCGACAUCACUGCACUGCUUCAACACCUCAUGGGACUCGCGCCUCGCACUUUCAUCAUCCUCGAUGCGUUGGAUGAGCUGUCGAAUGAAGUCGGAGCGAACGGGUGUAAGGGGCUCCUCAACUGUGUCACGCAACUUCAGGCGACGGCGGCGACUGAUGCAGGAAACCAACAAGGCCACCAGCUUCGCUUGCUGGUGACAGCACGGCCGGGUACCGAGCUCACGGCAUCAUUUCAUCCCGACACGACUAUUCAGAUCCACUCCGCGGCGGAAGAUAUACGACUCUAUCUUGAGAAGCGUGUCGAAGAUCUUGAUGAGCUUCCUGAAGUAGACGACGACGGUAACGAGGCCGAUAUGUUGAGAAUCAGAAUCGUUAACAGGAUCCUUGAGGCUGCUGAUGGCCUGUUUCUACUUGCUAGCCUCCACGCAGAUUCGCUGAGGGACGCCUUUACCGUCGAAAAGGUGUUCGAAACCCUCGACGCAAUGUCAACAGGGCAAGACGCUAUGAGCAAGACUUACGAGGCCACUCUGCACCGGAUCAACGCACAGAGCAUCCAACGGAGAGAGCUAGCGCAGUCAGCUAUUGGCUGGAUUCUCCAGAGCCAGCGUGCCCUCACGCCAAUCGAACUGCGGCAUGCCGUCGCUAUCCGGCCUGACGUCUUCAAGGAUCCUAAGGGCAACGUGCCGACCUUGAAAAUCAUUCUGGCCGUCUGUCUCGGCCUCGUUACUGUCGACCUGGAGACGAACGUCGUGCGCCUUGUCCACUACACUGUACAAGAACACCUAGCGAAAGUGGAUGUUCGGGCUUUUGCGCCGAUCCCGGUGAACACGCUGGCGCGGUCGUGCUUAACAUAUCUCCUGGUCCCGCCACUUCACGACACGGUUGUGAAGAUGUAUGAGGACUGGGAAAGCAGCUUGACGCUUACAUCGCCUGGCGAGGGAGACUUGCAUAGUCAUGGGGGUCUCCCGGAUCUGCCGUUGGUUGACAGUCAGCGGUGGCCGUUCCUUCUUUAUGCACGCGAGUACUGGUCUUUCCACUAUUUGCGCGGCACGACGGCACCGACGGACGAAAGUCUUGCUAUGGAAUUUCUCACGAAUGAGAGAGCUUUAGCCACUUACUGGCAUCCUGACCACGAGACCUUCGAGCACGGGAUGUGGGUAGACCGUGCCGGUUGGGUAUCGAUGGGUUUCUUCACAGUGCAGUGUCGACUGCGCAAGCCUGGGCCUGUCUCAGUCGCGUCGCGCUGGGGCCUAGACAGCCUAGUAGUCACGCUGCUCAACGGCGGUCAUGAUUGUCAUGGACUUCGGGCUUACUCUAUGGGUAUUCAAGAUUACGAAAAUGGUCGUCGUUCUCGGGACCAAACACGAGACGACGACAACGACGACUGGUACGACCAUCACCCGCUCGUGCUCAGCGCCAGACAUGGUCACCUGUCAACGGCGCGCAUACUUCUGAAAAGAUGUAAAGAUCUUGGAGAUGCCUUUGAACGAGCCGUCUGCACUGCGUUGAAGCAUAACCAUGCCCUGAUUCUGGAGCUGCUGGUCCAUCACAAGACAAGAUCAAACCUUGUUCUCAAGGCACUCGCUCAUGCCGACAAGUUUUCUCUACUCAAGGAAAAGCGCAUUAUGCAAGCAUUGACUGCGAACCAUAGUCUUAGUGUUGGGCCAGUCGACUUUUGGUGGCUUCCCUUCGCCGAAGAUCCUCGAUGUCUUGCAUGGGUCGAAUUCUUGCUCCAUCACUACGUGCCCUCAGAGAACUCUUGGCAGAAGCAUCUUUUUUUUGAGCUUGUCGAUACUGUAACGUAUGAUGGCUGCCAGAUCGAUUAUCGAGCUCUCCCCGAGGUUUCGGGAUCGCCGGAUGCGAGUUUCGAAGCGUACCACACUGCAUUGUGGCACACCGUAUGGCAUAAGCAACAUCAAUCCCUAGUCUCCAUUGCGGAGCAGCUCCUUGUCACAAACUUUGCUGAAGAACAACGACGUAGGCUUUUUCAAGCUGCUUUCCAUACCACCGUGUGGCGCAUGGAUCUCGAGAUUGUGCAAACGCUGCUGGGUAUCGAGGACAUCGACGUCAAUGCAAUGGAUGGCGGAGGUCAGACUUGGCUCACGAAGAUAUUCAGAACUGGACUCUCAAGCGAGACACCGCUCCAAGUCAUUAAGCUGGUUCUGGGACACGAAAGAUGCGACCCAGAUGCAACAGACAUUGAAGGCCGGACACCUCUCUCUCAUGCCGUGCAAAGAUUUUCACAGUUCGAUGAUAAACUGGUAGAUAUUCGCAUGUCUGCUGUCGAGUCCCUGUUGCAGUUCAUUCCAGCACUUGAUCCUGAUCGACCGGAUCAUAGUGGGAGAACCCCUUUGUCGUGGGCUGCGGGAUCCAAACACAAUCGGCCCGCCAUCUGCAGGCUCCUCUCGCUCCCAGGUGUGCAAGCGAGUUCUGUCGACUGUCGAGGUCGGAGUCCACUGUCCUACAGCGCCCAGCAUGGCGAUCUCGAGAGCUUCACAAUGCUGUUGCCCGUAACGGAUCCCCGGCAACUUGACAAUCCCGACGUGGAAGGUCGCACGCCAUUCUUUUAUGCCGUGCUAGAUGGCAACGUCGAAAAGCUCCAUCUUCUCAUGGCCAGUGUAACGAUCGACGUCGGUCAAACCGACAUCGCAGGUGUCCGGCCGUUAUCGGCUAUUCUUGAGGACCCUUUCCGUCGCGCGGACGCGCUGGUAGCUCUGCUGUCGAGCCCCACGUUCAGCUUUGCGACAGAGCACCACACGCCGCUCGAGGUGAUGUUCGCAUUAGGUGGUUGGCAUCGCCUGAACCGGUGGUACGACAAUUACAGGGAGAGGGCUCUCCAGUCUGUGCAGGCGCUGCGUAAUGCAGCCCCCAGCUACAACAUCAACGAGCGCUGCAGUAAGACAGGUUUAACGGCGGCCUCUCAUGCAGCAAAGGAGAAACACCCAGCCGUGAUGGCUUCAAUACUCGAGGUGUGGGGAAAUCUUGCAGAUCUGAGCAUCAAGGACAACGCUGGGUUUACUGCGGUGGAUUACGCCAUGGAAACCGACAGGGACGAGACGUUUGAAAUGUUCGCAAAGUGGCCUGACUCGUUUCGUGUUGACGCGGCCAGAUUAUGCGACGAAAUUGCUCGGAGCAAAGCUUAG